AUGGCCGCCGGGGGCACCAUCUUGCGCCCCUGGGCAGAGCGUGGGUGGGCAAAGGGCAGGUGGUCUCUGGCCGCUUAUAAGAAGAGCGUGGAAUCCCGCACGGAUCACGUCUUGGAAAUAGGUGCCAAGCACCUGAAGAUAGUCAUCCAGCCAGGAGAAGGGGACCUGAGCAAGAGCAGGUUUACAGGGCAGGCCUCCCCCAGCUACUCCCUCCCUUCCAGCUCUUCCCCACCUCAGCAGGAGCCGCAGGCAGCCAAAGGCCAUGGAGACACGGCAAGAGAAGUCAUUACCAAAAAGAUAUUUCUUACAGUAUCUGCAACUUUGAAUACCGGUAUGUUCACUGAACAGCAAAGGGAGAAAAUUACCAUUAUAUGUCCAAAUUUAAAAAGAGAAGGAAAUCUUGAUACUGAUGGCUCUGAGAAAUUGACAGGAGAUUUUACAGAUAUUGAAAAAGCUUAUCACUACUUUAAGGAUAUCCUUGCAGGCAAUGACCCAAACCAGGAUUUUUCACAGUCUGAAAGUAAGAAUGGUUUGAAAGAUGAAAAUUCUCCGAAUACUGAAGAAAUGAAUGAGCUUACAGUUCUGUCAGCUCUCUAUGAAUAUUUCAGUCAUACCUGCAAAGAACAAAUCAAAGUACUGCGUGAACGUUUUGGAGUGUGUAUAAGAAGUAAAGAUCUUCACAAUGGAAACACAUCAGUAUGCUUCACUUCUGAUAGAAGUCCUGCAUCAAUACAAGAAGCUAAUGAGUUUUUUAUCAGAACUUUUCAGAAAAGUGUAGAAGAUCUGAAACAGGAAAAAAUUCCCGUAACAAACAGUUACACAUUAAAUGAGGCAAUAAUGAAAUUAAAUGCUAGGUUUAGUAAUCUUCUUGCCAAAGAGGAAGGGAAUCAAUUGCUACUCCGUGGUCCAGCGAGAGAGAUUUUAGCUGCCAAAAAAUUUCUAGCAGAGAAAGGUGAGAACAGCCAAGCUGAAAAGAAUAUGAAAAUAUCAUCUGAACUGUACGAAUACAGGAAUGGAAUUGAAGUUGAUGCUUCUGUGUUUAAAUUGUUGGAAACAAUAUUAAGCAAAGAAAUUGAAGAUAUUAAAGACAAAUUUGAUACGGUAAUAGAAAAGAAAGAUAGUUCACAUGGCCAGAAGUUGCUCAUAGUAUUUAGGCCCAGGAUCAAAACUUCUGAUAUGUCUUCACAUGCUACAGAAAGUUUCAUCAAUGCAUUUCAGAAUGCCUCUGCAAUGUUAGGAGAAAAACUCAUCAGCUCAAAGCUUUCAGAAGAUCAGAAGAAAAGAUUAAAUAUGCUACUUAAUGGAAAACAAUUGGAAGAUCUGCAUGUAAAACUGAAGAAGAAGGAAGACAAAUUCAUCUUAAGUGGUUUACCAGACCAUCUUUAUGCUGCUGAAAAGCACAUUAUGAAGCUUUUAAACAUUGAAGACUCGACACAAAUUAGAAAUAGGACACCACUGUCCUCUGAUCUCAGCUAUCAAGAGGCUACAGGAGCAUCUGAGAAGAAACACAGUGAAUUUUUCCUCCAAACAAUGCAAAAGAGCAGUCUUUCUUCCAAAGGACAGUCUAAGGCAAAGACAGAAGACAACGACAAAGAUGUGUGUCCAAUUUGCAUGGAGAGAAUUCAUAAUAAGGAAAUACUGAGCAAGUGCAAUCAUGCGUUUUGCAAAAGUUGCAUUGACCAGGCCAUGACUUAUAAGCAAGUUUGUCCUGUUUGUAAUACCGUCUAUGGACUCAUGAAAGGAGACCAACCAGAGGGAACAAUGUCAACUAGAUUGCUGCCUUUCUCUCUCUCUGGUUAUCCCGGCUGUGGUACUAUUGAGAUUACAUAUGCUAUGCACAGCGGUAUUCAAACUAGCAACCAUCCAAACCCAGGGAGACCUUAUCAUGCAACUUCUCGAACUGCGUAUUUACCGGACAAUAAGGAAGGGCGAGAAAUUCUGCAGCUCCUCGCAAAAGCCUUUGAGCAAAAAUUGAUUUUCACAGUGGGGCAGUCACGUACUACUGGUGCACAAGAUGUUAUCACAUGGAAUGAUAUUCAUCACAAAACUUCCCUGACUGGAGGAUCUACCAAUUUUGGUUACCCUGAUCAUGAUUAUCUGCAGCGGGUUCGACUGGAAUUGAAAGCAAAAGGAAUUGAAUGA